UCUGGGGGGCACUAAUGGGGGCAUUAUUAAUUCUGGAGGGUACUAAUGGUGGGUAUUAUCCAUUCUGGGGCACUAAUGGAGGCAUUAAUAUUACUGGGUGGCACUAAUGGGGACACUAUUAAUACUGGAAGCCACAUUAUGACAUAUCAACUUAACAACCGUGUUAAGCCAUGCCCCCACAACCACAACCCCUUUGGGGUAUGUCUUAACUUGGCCAAUAUUUUUGUUGGGAAAGGUGGAAACCCUACUGAUGAGGUGUCAUCUCGGCAGGGACGGGGCAAAACAGCUGAAGAGGACUACAAGACUUCCAAGGAUUGGUAUGUACUAGAUAAAGUACAGGAAUUGCUGCACAUAUGGUACAGUUUGCUAGGACAGAUGUCCGUGCAGUGCAAUGUUGGACAUAACUAAAAGCCUUCAUUACACACUGGACAAACCCUUUAAAUUGUACAAGCAGUCUAUCUGCAUUUGCAGCAUUUGUUACUGGUGCCAUUCUCCUUACCAGUACAGGGUUCUCCUCUGCCAGUUGCAGCUCAAGUUCACACACUGUCUCCUACAUCUAUGAUUUUGGUUUGUGCAAUGUCUGAGACUGUUUGAAUUCGGCAAGCUCCUCCAGCUUCCACAUUACUGGCUUCAUGGCUCCAGAGUCUGCACCAGAGAAAGUCUGGGAAACUCCUGUAGACUUUGCUGUUGGUAUUGUUAGUGUCAUCUCCGCUUGCUUCUCAGAAUGUUUACUAUUCCCACCAGCAACCUGAGCAUGCCAUGUAGGACAUCACAUGUUGAUGCAAUGUCAAUCUCUCCAGGAAAGUUCUUCACUGUCUGUGAGCUGGAGGGGUGAGCUGUUAUAAACUCAGUGUCUCCUGCUGGGGAUCUUGCUAGCUUUUCUUUUUACUGUACUUUUCCACAGUAGAUUCCUUUUGAAAGUCAUGUACUUUUUCAGAACUCUGCAUACCUUGCUCAGCACACUGCCUCAGUUCAAUUUUCUUACAUGCAGUUGUCAUACCUUUCAACCAUGCUGGAUCCAACAUGGGAAUCUCAGAUUUGGGCAGCUCUUAUGCGGUCCCAGGUUGCUGAGCCGGGACACUCGUGUGGAUUGUGUAGUGACGCCAUGUCAGAUGAAACUUCGAUUCCACAUAUUGAUUUUUCACCUGCAACAGAUGAAGACUAUGAAGAACUGAUGUUUAUCUCUAGUGGGAUAUACAACGGAAUGGACUUUCUGCCUUUCUGGUACCAUUCAUGGCUGAAGGAACCCAAUAGAAGAAUGAUUGUGGCCAAGUGUGAAGGGAAAGUGGUGGGUUUCAUAUCAUUCAUAUUGGUUGAUGAUGGAACUACUGCAGUAAGUCAAGGUCUUCGAGUAGCACCUUGGAUUAGAAAUCGUGGCGUGGCUGCAUUGAUUACAAGCUUUUUAUGUGAUACUCUAUAUUCUCACCAUCCAAAAGUUAAAAAAAUUCGAUUCGCUCGAAUGGAGAAUCCACCAGCUGCGUUGUUGAAGAAAACCAAACUGAUCGACUCUAAGAUGAACGAGGGCUAG